CUAUUCCACUUUCUGGUUUGUUGUAUUCAAGCGUGCCUAUUUGGUUGAAAAUUGGAACAUGGAAAGCAAAGAGGCCUAAAUUAUCAUAGUAUAUUCAAUAAAUAGCGUGGAUUGGAGACAGUCAUGUUUUGCGAUCCGUCGGAGGAGUUCCUAAAUGAAAACCAGUAUUGGAAUACAACAGAUCCUGAUUUCUCCGAAUGUUUCCAGAAAACUGUGUUGCUAUGGAUACCAUGUGGUUUCCUGCUUUUGUUGGCCCCGGCUCGGAUCUUGAUUUUACAUAACAGCGACCACAAACAUAUCAUACCAUGGUCAUGGCGCAGCCGAACAAAAUUGGGAUUGGCAUUUGUUAUUGCCUUGCUUGGAGCACUAGACAUAGGUUAUAGUAUCUAUGAACAUUUUAAUGGAACAACUGUCCCUGUGGUAGAUUUCCUGUCUCCACUUGUGUUGGUUCUCACCAUGAUUGUUUAUGUGCUGGUCAUUCACUUUGAAAGGAAGAAUAGUGUGAGAUCAUCAGGAUUUCUCUUUAAUUUCUGGUUUAUUAUGUUCCUUGUAUCCAUAGUAACGUUCAGGUCAAAAAUCAGAGUAGCUCUCUUGAAGGAUGAAGUGGAGGACAUGUUCCGGUUUGUGACAUUUUAUAUCUUCUUCGCUGUCAUUCUUGUCCAGCUGAUCAUCUCAACAUUAGUGGAUAAACAACCAGUAGGGGCUGUACCUGUAGAAGAUGAGAACCCAUGUCCAGAGCCUCAUGUAUCCUUCCUGUCCCAGGUGACAUUCUGGUGGUUUUCUAGUUUGGUGGUAUUAGGUUAUAAGAGGCCACUCGAAAAGACAGAUUUAUGGAACCUCAACCCAUCUGACAAAUGUAAAAAUGUUAUGCCCAAGUUUGACAAACAUCUGCAAAAAGAACUCAAUAGAUGUAGGAGGGUUCAUGAAAGUUUAAGCCCCGCUACAGAGACUAAUGCUAAGGAGGUUGAGAUGAAGGAGAUGCCCAGGGAGGACAGCACCCCGAAGGUUCAAAUACAAUGUGAAAAGAAGAAGCCUCGUCUCUUCUGGGCCAUGAUGAAAACAUUCUGGUUUAAAAGUUUUAUUGCUGCCGUUUACAAGCUAAUCUUUGAUGUCCUUCAAUUUGUCAGUCCUCUUAUCCUAAAGUAUCUUAUAGCAUACACGACAGAUAAGAAGCAGGAGACCUGGAAGGGAUAUUGGUACGCUAGUUUAAUGUUAGCAGUGGUGCUAUUCCAGUCAGUUGUACUGCAUCAGUACUUUCAGAACUGUACAGUUGUUGGUAUGAGGCUCAGAACAGCUAUAAUUGGUGCUGUCUAUGAAAAGAUGUUAAGACUGUCUACAGCAGCAAGAAGAACAUCAACUGUCGGGGAGAUUGUCAACUUGAUGUCUGUUGAUGCCCAGAGAUUUAAUGAUAUGAUGACAUACAUCAACAUGAUCUGGUCCGGUCCAGUACAGAUCACGAUAUCUAUAUACUUCCUGUGGGUGACCCUCGGUCCAUCAAUAUUGGCUGGUUUGGCUGUCAUGAUUAUACUUAUACCUGUGAAUGCUGUAAUUGCCAAUAAAGUGAAACAGUUUCAAGUACAACAGAUGAAUCUGAAAGAUAAAAGAAUAAAAAUGAUGAACGAAAUUCUGAGCGGAAUAAAGGUGUUAAAACUGUAUGCAUGGGAAGCAUCCUUCGAACAGAAAGUAUUAGAUAUAAGAAACAAAGAGCUUGCUGUUCUAAAGAAAAUGUCCUACCUGAAUGCUUGUACAACAUUUACCUGGACUGUAGCACCUGUUGCUGUGUGUUUGGUAACAUUUGCUGUGUAUGUGAUGGUAGAUGUCAACAAUAUCCUUGAUGCCGAGAAAGCUUUUGUGUCUCUCUCCCUGUUUAACAUUCUCAGGUUCCCGCUCUCAAUGUUACCUAUGGUCAUAUCUAACAUUGUACAGGUGAGGGUAUCUCUUACACGUCUGAGAAACUUCUUAGGAAACGAUGAGCUGGACCCUGACGCCGUCUCACGUGAUCCUAAUUCAAAAUAUGCUUUCUCUAUAAAGAAUGGAUGCUUUUCUUGGGAUUCAGCUGCUGGAACUACAUUAAAAAAUAUAAACUUGGAGGUACCAGAGGGGAGUUUGAUUGCUGUUGUAGGGACUGUAGGCACUGGCAAGUCAUCUUUAUUACAGGCUAUGCUUGGAGAAAUGGAGAAAUUAAGGGGAGAUGUCACGAUUAAGGGAUCUAUAGCAUAUGUGUCUCAGCAGGCCUGGAUACAGAACGCCACUCUACAAGAUAAUAUUCUGUUUGGUAAAUCAGCUGAUGUUAGCCAGUACCGUAAUGUUAUAGAGGCAUGUGCUUUGCAACCAGAUCUAGAAAUUAUGCCUGCUGGGGACCAGACAGAAAUUGGAGAAAAGGGUAUUAACCUGUCUGGCGGGCAGAAACAGCGUGUUAGUUUAGCAAGAGCAGUGUACCAGGAUAGAGACCUAUAUUUGUUAGAUGACCCACUGAGUGCCGUUGACUCGCAUGUUGGUAAACAUAUCUUUGAAAAUGUCAUUGGACCAGAUGGCCUGUUGAAGGGAAAGACAAGAGUGUUGGUGACACAUGGUGUAGGAUUCUUGCCCUAUGUAGAUACUAUAGUUGUCCUAGCCGAUGGUCAGAUCUCGGAGAUUGGUUCAUACAAGCAGCUACUUGACCAUGAUGGAGCGUUUGCUCAGUUUCUCAAAAACUACCUAACUGAAGAGUUGCAAAAAGAAAAUGCAGAAGACAUGGAGUUAGAUGUGGAGACCAUUUCACAGAUUGAAACAUUUGUAGGUCAGAGUGCUGCAUUACAAAGACAAGUAUCUGUUUUAUCUGAGCGUAUGAGGAACAUAUCGGAGGCUGUAUCUACCCCACCAGGUACCCCAGAUAUAUCUCGUAAAGGGGCCACUCCGGGGUCUCCAAACUUAAACAAGAAUGCUUCUGGUAGUAAAACACACUUAACAUCCCAGAAAUCUCUACAUGAAGUAGGUAAUGGCAUUGACAAGAAGGCUGGAAACAAGAAAGAUGAAGAGAAGAAACUCAUAGAGGCUGAGAAAAUGGAGACUGACAGAGUAAAACUUGGUGUAUUUGCUGCCUAUGUGAAGUCAGUUGGUGUUUUACUCAGUGUACUGACUGUGGUAUUUUAUAUAUUAUACAAUGCUGCCAACUUAUACUCAAACAUAUGGUUGAGUGAGUGGAGUAAUGAUGUAACUCAUUACAACAUGUCGGCUAAUUUUACAGUAGACACUGCACAGAGAGACAUGAGAUUAGGUAUCUACGGCCUGUUGGGGUUCAUACAAGGUGUAUUUGUCAUAGCAGCAAGUAUCUCGUUAUUUAUCGGCAAUGUUCGAGCGGGUCGCAGAAUUCAUUUAUGGAUUUUAAGAAACAUUGUAGCAUCCCCUAUGUCGUUUUUUGACACAACACCAGGGGGUCGAAUAUUAAACAGAUUUAGUAAAGACAUAGAUGUGAUUGACACAUUAAUUGCAAUCAACUUCCAGGCGUGGAUAACGUGCCUUCUUCGUGUACUCAGUGUUCCAAUUGUGAUAGGAUUUAGUACUCCCUUGUUUCUGACAGUGUUUGUGCCCAUCCUUUUCCUUUACCUUGUUAUCCAGCGUUUCUACGUUGCAACAUCUCGUCAGCUAAAAAGAUUGGAGUCUGUGAGCAGAUCCCCAAUCUACUCUCACUUUGGGGAGACUGUCACAGGUGUAACUACAGUCAGAGCCUACAGACAACAGGAGCGCUUUAUAGAGACAUCAGACAAUAAAGUAGAUGAUAAUUUAGAAUGUCACUAUCCUACCAUCAUAUCUAAUAGGUGGCUAGCUAUACGUUUGGAGUUUGUAGGGAACUGUAUCUUGUUCUUUGCGGCACUGUUUGCUGUUAUUGCACGAAAUGACCUCUCACCUGGUAUUGUCGGUCUGUCCAUCACAUAUGCUCUCAAUGUGACCCAAACAUUGAACUGGAUGGUACGUAUGACAACAGAGUUAGAGACAAACAUUGUUGCUGUAGAGAGAGUGAAGGAAUAUUCUGAAACUCCCACUGAGGCUGCAUGGGAAGUUGAAGAUAAACGACCCUCCGAGAAUUGGCCCGAGAAAGGUGAGGUGAAGUUUGUAGACUAUGGUACUAGAUACAGAGAGGGGCUUGAUCUUGUCAUUAAAGGUAUCGACUGUACUGUGAAACCUGGAGAAAAAGUUGGAAUAGUAGGUCGCACAGGAGCUGGAAAGUCUUCCCUGACACUUGCUUUGUUCCGUAUUAUAGAACCAGCCCAGGGACAUAUUAUUAUAGAUGGUGUAAAUAUUGGGGAAAUAGGCUUACAUGAUCUACGUAGCAAACUUACAAUCAUACCACAGGAGCCAGUAUUAUUUUCUGGAACAUUGAGGAUGAAUCUUGAUCCAUUUGAUGAGCAUACAGAUGAUGCUGUAUGGACAGCUUUAGAACACGCCCAUCUUAAAGCAUUUGUAGCAGAAUUACCCACAAAGCUCGAGCAUGAAUGUACAGAAGGAGGAGAAAAUCUCAGUGUUGGUCAAAGACAGCUGGUAUGUUUAGCAAGAGCGUUAUUACGGAAGACAAAAAUACUGAUACUGGACGAGGCGACAGCUGCCGUAGACUUGGAAACAGAUGAUCUGAUCCAGCAUACUAUACGUACAGAAUUCAGUGAUGCCACAGUACUUACAAUAGCUCAUAGACUUAACACUAUCAUGGAUUAUACAAGAGUUAUGGUUCUUGAUCAAGGAAAAAUUAAAGAGUUCCAGAGCCCACAAGAGCUGUUACAGGAUAAAGAUAGUAUAUUCUAUGGAAUGGCCGCAGAUGCAGGUCUUGUGUAAAUAUUUAGGUGCUCAGAUAUAUAUAUGUUUUGUGAUUGUUUUGUUUUAUAAAUGGGUAUGACAAUUUUAAAGGUGAUUUUUUUUCUUUUCCUUCAAUUUAGUGAGGGAAAAAAGCAAACAUUUUUUUUUUAAAUAGAGGACAGUAG